AAUCUCCUUUUCCCUCUCUCGCUCUCCCGUCUUUCUCACGUCAUCCUCCUCAGCCGCCGCCGCCCCGAUUCGGCGAUUCCACCACCACCGCCCUCCCUCGUCGCCUUAAACAAUCACUUUUCCGCGGCGUAUUAUAUAUAGGAGCGGAAGCUUUUGGAGAUGCCUUAUCGUUGGUCUGCCACCCUCCUCUUCGCUACCUCAAUCCCUUGCUUCCUUUACAGCGCCAUCCCCCACCCUGCUUUAUUCCCUCCUCAUCGCUUCCCUUUUCUAUCCUCGACUUUCUCUCUCGCUCCCCCCUGCCCCCAAAGGCCCCUUUUCCUCAUCCCUUUCUCGCCCCGAUGGCUUCCUCCAACUCCAGCUAUCUCUCCCGGCCGCCUCAGUUUCAAGGACAUACAACUCCAUGUGCCGAGAGAAGGUCUUGCUUCAUGAGGUGGCUCUCCAAGCUUUUCAAAGGUUCAGGUUUCAGAGUAUCAAAUGGGCGCCACCCACAUGUAAUGGGGGGAGAGAACUUGUUGCAUAGACCAGUUAAACCAGUGGAUGAUCAAUCCAAAGCUGAAAAUGAAGAUUUGGAUCGUGCUAUUGCACUCUCUCUUGCAGAAGAUGCCAAGAAACCUAAUGCUGCAGGACACAAGGGUCAUGAAAAUGUGGACACAAGGGUCAAAGAUAGCCUGAGCAUGACUUCAUAUCAACCUGUAAAGUUUUUGCCAAGAGGACAGAGAAUUUGUGGAGCCUGUCAAUGUGAAAUAGGCUAUGGACAAUACUUAAGUUGCAUGGAAACCUUUUGGCAUCCACAAUGUUUUAGAUGUUGUGCUUGUCAUCAGCUAAUAUGUGAGAGUGAGUUUUCAUUGUCCGGAAUUAAUCCAUACCACAAGUCGUGCUAUAAGGAGUUGCAUCACCCCAAAUGUGACGUCUGCCAUGAAUUUAUCCCAGUAAAUAGGGCUGGUUUAAUUGAGUAUAGAGCUCACCCCUUUUGGGGUCAAAAGUAUUGUCCUACCCAUGAACAUGACCGCACACCUCGAUGUUGUAGUUGCGAGAGAAUGGAGUCACGAAGUACGAGAUACAUCUCUCUGGGUGAAGGCCGUAGCUUGUGCUUGGAAUGUCUUGAUUCUGCUAUCAUGGACACUGGUGAUUGCCAACCUCUCUACCACUCAAUCAGAGAUUAUUAUGAAGGAAUGAACAUGAGGAUAGAUCAACAAAUUCCAAUGCUUUUGGUCGAAAGGCAGGCACUCAAUGAAGCCAUAGAAGGGGAGAAAGAGGGUCAUCAUCACAUGCCUGAAACAAGAGGCUUAUGUCUUUCAGAGGAGCAGACUGUUAGCAGUAUACUCAAAAGACCAAAAAUUGGGGGAAACAAAGUUAAGGACAUGCAGACUUACCCACAAAAGUUGACACGGAAAUGUGAAGUCACUGCAAUUCUCGUUCUAUAUGGCCUUCCUAGACUCUUAACAGGUUCCAUCCUUGCUCAUGAAUUAAUGCACGGUUGGUUACGUCUUAAAGGAUAUCGUAACUUAAGCCCUGUGGUGGAAGAAGGCAUCUGUCAGGUUCUCUCCCAUAUGUGGCUCGAAUCGGAGAUUAUGCCAAGCAUGCCAUCUACAUCCAGCUACGCUUCAUCGUCCUCGUCCUCUUCGAUGCAACCAUCGAAGAAAGGAGCAAAGUCUGAAAUGGAGAAAAAUCUUGGUCGGUUCUUCAUGCACCAAAUCGCGCAUGACACCUCCAGUGCCUAUGGAGGGGGCUUUAGAGCUGCCAAUGUGGCUGUUACUAAGUACGGGCUUCGCCGAACACUCGAUCAUAUUCGCUACACCGGAAGAUUCCCUGAGUGAAAAUACUAUGUCCAAGGAGAGAUUGCUGCGAUCCGCUUAUGGAAUGCUUUGGCACACAAGCCCGGAGAGCCAAAAGCAUGAUAUUGCUUUGGUGUCUAACAAAAUAAGCUGCUGUAUCGACGGAAUUGAAGAAAUAAUGUGCAACAAAGUUGUGCAGUUUGGAUUACAAGAUGCUAAAUCACCAUUAGCAACAUGUAAAGACUUUGAGAAACAUGUAAAGCUAAAGCACAAUUAUCAACUCAAUUUGUGAGCUUUUCUACUCCAAUUCACUCUGAUUGCCA